GCGAAAGCGAAAGCGAAGGGCGGGAGGAGGUGCCGGGGGCCACCGCAGCGGGUCCCAGCCGGUAGCACGGCCCCCGUGCUCAGCACGGCCCCGGUGCUCGGCCCGGCCGGGCAGGGCUCGGCUCCCCUCGCUGCCGCCGCGGGACCGGGGGCUCCGGCGGGGCCUGACCUCCGCCACCGCCGCCGAGAUGGAUUCGGAGGAGGACUCCUUCAUCAAGCUGCCUUUGCCCGAGGGCCUGCAGCACGGCUUCCCGGAGGUGACCCCCGAGCAAGUCCGGCAGGAGAUCGAGCAUUGCAAGGAGCUUUGUAGUACUCUGGAGCAAGACCACGUGAAGCUACAAAUGGCCAAAGAAGCUGUAGAGCAAAAGACACAAGAGCUGAGGAAAGAGAGAGAACUUCUUCACAAAAAUCUUGAGCAACAAAUGUCUUUAAACAGAGACGAAGACGUAUCCUGCCAGGUUGGCUUUUUUUUAGCAAAGGAGAAUGACAGACUGAACCAGGAGAAGCAAGUGCUGAAGAAGAAACUGGAAGAAGCAAGGAAGAGGAUGGUCUGGGAGGAUCCGGCGAUGAUGCUGCCUGCCUUGCCAGAAAAGAAGAUGGUGUUUAAGGGACUUGUGACAACCAAGGAGGACAGGAACAAGCUGAUGCUCACUCCACUGAUCCGCUAUCCUCUGCUGGGGGGCUCAGCUCUCAUCACCUUUGAGAAGGCAGAGGUGGCCCAGAGGAUCAUAGAGGCGAAGGAGCACAUGGUGGAGCUGAGCUGCGGGGAGGAGAUGGAGGAACUAGACCGGUGCAGAAUGCGAGUCCAGGCAGCGCCGGUGGAUAUACUGCUGCCGUCUGACCUGGAGAUCAGGCUGGCUCAGAGCAGCAGGAGUAUCCUCGUGUCUGACCUGCCCAGCCUGGGCAUCCCCGAGGAGAUGCUGCUGGACAAGCUGGAGCUCUUCUUCAGCAAGACAAAGAAUGGGGGUGGUGAGGUGGAGAGCAGGGAGUUCCUGGAUGACUCUGGCCAGGUGAUGCUGACCUUCGCACAGGACGGAGUGGCAGAGCCGCUAAUUGAGAAAGGAUACAUCCAGGUGCUUCUUGGGAAAGGAAAAUACACAAUCAAAAUAUCACCUUGCAUGACUGGACACAUCACUAACCUGCAGUUCCAGCCCUCACGCUGCCCCAGGACCGUCCUCCUCUCGGGGAUCCCAGACGUGCUGGGUGAGGAGCCCAUGAGGGACACCCUGGAGAUCCACUUCCAGAAGGCCAGCCGCGGCGGGGGAGAAGUGGACGCCAUCGCCUACGUCCCGGCGGGACGACAGGGGGUGGCCAUUUUUGUGGAGGACACGAGCUAGCCGUGGCCGGCCCUGUUAGCCCGAUGUAGCGUGGCCACCGGCCCCGCACACACAGCGGGAAUUAAAGCCUCUGCCGGGA